AUGGAUAUACAAUUUACUACUUACAUAGAAGGGGAUUGCAAUACAACAGAGACAGAAACAUAUUCGUUUCCAAGCUGGUAUAAUAUAAGUGGCAACGCAAAUAAUAUUAGUUCAUCUAAUAUGGACUUCGUAAUCACACCAAAUUUUCCAGUUUACACUGAUAUGUUGGACCAUCUGUUGAACAAAUCAUAGCAUACACAAAUCCACUUGGCAUAUUGUUCGGUUUGGGAUCAAAUGGUGGAGGUGCAGUAAUGAGUAAGGAUUUGGGAGAAACAUGGAUUUCAGUCA